UCGGUACCAGGCAGGUUGUGGGAGGUGCAGGGGUUUGACAUAAACAAACCGCGACGGCGCCGCUGCAGGCGCUAUGGCCGAGGCGGUGAGACCCCAGCGCCGGGCCAAGGCAAAGGCCUCCCGGACCAAAACUAAGGAAAAGAAGAAAUAUGAAACCCUUCAGAGGGAAGAGUCCAUUGAAGUCUCCCUUCCAGAAACCUCCAGAGAGCUGGAAUUCCCUCCUCUGGCUUGUGAAUUCAAAAGAGACAGUCAGAAGGUAUUAACUGACUCCCAGCUACAGAACGAUGCCAGUGGACCAAGUGAGCAUGAAAUGUUUGAUGUACUACUCACCUCCUUAACUAUAAGCAAAGAAGAGUCUCUGACAGGUGCCCCAGAGACCCCAAAGGAAGGAGAGGAGGUCAGAGCCUGUGCUGGGGACAAUGCAUUCAAGCCCAAGGUCGACCCUGGAGACAGUGUUGGAACCCAAGUAGAAACCCUCAAGAACUUUACAGAAGUUGAGGAAGAUAAAUUGUCACCAUGUGGACUUUCUGAAAGCUCACUGAAAUUGAAUUUUUCUUAUACUCAGCAAGAAAUAGAAAAUUUGCAGGUCAUAGAAACUCAGGAUAGGAAAGAAGGCAAACAAGCCUUGGACCUUUCUUCAGAGGUGCUACAAAAUGUGGGCUUGCAGAGUUCUUGUGAAGCCAAAGACAUUUUUCAGCUACCUAGAGUGAAAAAACUGUAUCCCCAGUUGCCAGCUGAAAUUGCUGGAGAAGUACCAGCUUUGGUGGCAGUGCGACCUUUGCUUCAUAAUGAGCGACUCUACCCGGAGCUCCCAUCUCAACCAGAGCUAGUAGCGUUUACAAAAGAACAGCUAAAAAUCUUUGAGCCUGGUUCAUGGCUGGAAAAUGUUGAGUCAUAUUUAGAAGAAUUUGAUAGCAUGGCUCAUCAGGACAGGCAUGAAUUUUAUGAGUUGCUUUUGAACUACUCACGAUGUAGGCAGCAACUGCUGCUUGCUGAAGCCGAGCUGUUUGCUCUGGCAUCUGAUUGCCAAAAUGCUAAAAGUCGACUCUGGCACUUUAAGGAAGAACAGUUAUCUGUACAGGGUAUCUGUGCAGAUCAAGUGAGAGUUUCAGGUUAUCAUCGCUACCAAAGAGUAGAGAUGAAUGAAAAUGCACUGGGGGAGCUAAAGAAGCUAUUUGAUGCCAAAUCUGAGCACCUCCACCAGACGCUGGCUCUGCAUUCUUACACUUCUGUGCUCUCAAGGUUGCAAGUGGAGUCUUACAUCUAUGCAUUACUCAAUAGUUCCGCUGUCCUGAGAACUUUAGCAAUUCAUCAGCAAGGCCAAGCUUCUGAGCAGACAGACAGCGUUCCCUCUGAUCUGUGUCAGCUAAAGGAGUGCGUUAGUGUCUUAUUCAUGUUCACCAGGAGAGUUCACGAAGACACUCAGUUCCAUGACAAUAUUCUUCUCUGGCUGCAGAAAUUGGUAUCAGUGUUACAAAGAGCUGGUUGUCCUGGAGAUCACUUCUUCCUCUUAAACCAUAUUCUUCGAUGCCCUGCUGGUGUUAGUAAAUGGGCUGUUCCUUUCAUCCAGAUCAAGGUGUUGAAUAACCCAUCAGGGGUCUUUCAUUUUAUGCAGUCCCUUGCCCUGCUAAUGUCUCCGGUCAAAAAUCGAGCAGAGUUCCUAUGCCACAUGAAGCCCAGUGAGCAGAAGCCAUCUUCCUCUGGACCUGCAUCUGGGACGUGGACACUCGUAGAUGAGGGAGGAGAAGAGGAUGAAGACCCUGAGACCAGUUGGAUUCUCCUUGAUGAAGAUGACUUGGUUGUCCUUUUAUCACAGUUUCCAUUUCAUGAAUUCUUUCAACAUCUUCUUGGGGUUAAAGCAAAAGGUGAUUAUUUACCUGAAACAACAAGACCUCAAGAGAUGAUGAAAAUUUUUGCCUUUGCUAACUCACUAGUGGAACUUUUGGCUGUGGGGUUGGAAACCUUUAAUAGAGCGCGCUACAGGCAGUUUGUGAAGCGAGUUGGUUACAUGAUCAGGAUAACCCUAGGUUAUGUAAGUGACCACUGGGCACAGUAUGUGAGCCACAACCAAGGUUUGGGAUUGGCCCAGCAGCCCUACUCCACAGAGAAACUACAGGUUGAAUUUGAUGAGCUAUUUUUGAGAGCCGUCCUCCACGUGCUGAAAGCCAAAAGACUUGGCAUUUGGCUGUUUAUGUCAGAAAUGCCCUUUGGGACACUGUCAGUCCAGAUGCUCUGGAAGCUCUUCUACCUUAUGCACCAGGUAGAGAGUGGGGAUCUGGAGGGGCUCUGCACCACCCUCCAACCCUCCGAGUGCAAGAGGCAGCUCCAAGACCCAGAACAUUUUGUGAACUUUGAGCAGUGUCUUUCCUCCAUGAAUAGCUCGGAAGAGAUUUGCCUUCUGACUACAUUUGCUCAGAUGGCUCAAGCCAGAAGAACCAAUGUGGAUGAAGACUUCAUAAAAAUAAUUGUUCUGGAGAUAUAUGAGGUGUCUUAUGUCACUUUGUCUACCAGAGAGACUUUUUCAAAGGUUGGUCGAGAGCUUUUAGGGGCCAUCACAGCCGUUCACCCUGAGGUAAUUUCUAUCCUUUUGGAUAGAGUUCAAGACACCAUUGACCAGGUUGGCAUGGUUUCUUUAGCUAAUAGCUUAUUGGAAGAAUACCAUUUUAUGAACCGGUUUCCUUGUCUGCUUAUUGCCUAUUUCUUUUUUCUUAGCAUUGAGAAAUUCUGUGCAGAAGGCAUCUCCCUGUUGGGAAUUCUGGUCCAAUCAAGGCAUUUGAGAACAGUGGUCCAUGUCCUGGAUAAGAUUCUACCUUUAUUCUACCCUUACCAGUAUUACCUUCUGAAGAAUGAGCAGUUUCUGUCACACCUCCUUCUGUUCCUGCACUUGGACAGUGGCGUGCCUCAGGGUGUCACGCAGCAGGUCACCCAUAAGGUGGCACAGCACCUGACAGGAGCCAGCCAUGGGGACAAUGUGAAGCUUCUCAACAGCAUGAUCCAGGCCCACAUAUCUGUAAGCACUCAGCCCAAUGAAGUGGGCCCUGUUGCCGUAUUGGAGUUCUGGGUUCAGUCUCUAAUAAGCCAACAUCUCUGGUAUCGAGAACAGCCCAUCCUCUUCCUCAUGGAUCACUUGUGUAAAACAGCUUUUCAGCUGAUGCAAGAAGACUGUGUGCAGAAAUUACUCUACCAGCAACAUAAGAAUGCUUUGGGCUACCACUGUGACCGGAGUCUGCUCUCUUCUUUGGUGAGCUGGAUCGUGGCUGGCAAUGUCACGCCUUCCUUCGUGGAGGGCAUCGCCAUGUCCACUCAGGUCUGGUUUGCAUGGACAGUGUUGAAUGUGGAAUCCAUUUUUGAAGAAGAUUCCCAGCUCCGAAGAGUUGUUGAAGGGGAAUUGGUUAUAAACCCUGCUUUUACUCCUGACCAAGCUCUGAAGAAAGCCCAGGCCCAGCUCAAGCUCCCCAUUGUCCCAUCCCUCCAGAGGCUGCUGAUUUACCGUUGGGCCCACCAGGCUCUCGUUACGCCUUCUGAUCACCCUCUUCUGCCGCUCAUUUGGCAGAAGUUCUUCCUCCUGUAUCUUCACCGCCCUGGACCGCAAUAUGGGUUACCCAUAGACGGUUGUAUUGGAAGAAGAUUUUUUCAAAGCCCUGCUCACAUCAGUUUGUUGAAAGAAAUGAAGAGGCGCCUGACUGAAGUGGCCGACUUCCACCAUGCUGCGAGCAAGGCUCUGCGCGUUCCAGCAGAGGGCAGCGAAGGGCUGCCAGCCAGCCAGGCCAGCACCCCUGGUUACUUGACUUCCCCAGAACUGCACACGGAGCUCGUGAGGCUUUUCAAUGUAUACAUAUUAUGGCUAGAAGAUGAGAAUUUUCAAAAAGGAGAUACCUAUAUCCCUUCUCUACCAAAGCAUUAUGAUGUUCACAGGCUAGCCAAAGUGAUGCAGAAUCAGCAGGAUCUGUGGAUGGAGUAUUUGAACAUGGAGCGCAUUCAUUAUGAGUUCCAGGAAACUGUUGGUCUGUGGAUGCAGGCCAAGCUUGAGUCCCAUUCUGCAACCUGCAGUUUGUCAGUGCAGCUGGACUUCACUGAUCCUUUGCUGGCUAAAGAAAGGGUUUUAAGUAACUUGCAGAAGCAUGACGCUCCCCAGCCUCCUCUUGUUCUGCACCCACUGAGGCCUCCUGUACCACUUGUUUCCUCUGCCACACUCCUCAGUCAGAAGGACACUGCGCAGCUGCUGCGCACAGACCUGCAUCUGUUGCAACAGCAGGCUAGAACUGCAGCGCUUCGGGAAUCCCAGCAGGUUGCCCUGGACGGUGAGUUGUUGGACACAAUGCCCAAACAGUAUGUCAACAGAGAGGAACAGACCACACUCCAUUUGGAGUGUAGAGGAAGUAGUGGGAAGAAAUGCCAAGGAGCAGCAGUUAUAACAGUUCAGUUUGAAGGUAUGCAUAAAAAUGAAGCAAUAACCCAACAACUUCACGUUCUGCGAAAAGAAGUGAAGCAGCUGCAAGCAGAAGCUGCUAAACCACCAUCACUUAAUAUUGUGGAAGCUGCUGUACAUGCAGAAAACUUGAUUACGGCCUUAGUGAAUGCCUACAAGUUACAGCCUACUCCUGGGGCCCAGAAGGUCGGCAUUAGCCUCUUCUUUACUGUUGUGGAUUACAUCAGUGAUGAGACACAGCGCCAUCCCCCCACAAGGCAGUUUUUUACUUCAUGCAUUGAGAUCUUGGGACAGAUAUUUAUCAGUGGCACCAAGUCAGAAUGCAGAAAAGUUCUGCAGACCAUUCUGAAGAAUAGAAGGCUCUGCUCUCUCUUGUCUCCUUUCUUCACGCCCAAUGCUGCCCCUGCAGAGUUCAUACAGCUCUAUGAGAAAGUGAUGAAGUUUCUAAGUGAGGACAACAGUGAUGUGAUUUUCAUGCUGUUAACCAAGUUCGAUCUUAAGCAGUGGUUAAACGCCACUAAACCUCCUCUGUCUGAUCGUAUCAGGCUUCUGGAGUCCAUUCAUUUGGCACUUACUGCCUGGGGCCUUGAACCAGAUGAAGAUAUUUUGAUGCCGUUUAAUCUUUUCUGUAAGCACUGGACUUACCUUCUUCUCUACCAGUUUCCUGACCAGUACAGUGACAUUCUCAGGCUGCUGAUGCAAAGCUCUGCGGAGCAGCUGCUGAGUCCUGAGUGUUGGAAAGCCACUCUGAGAGCUCUGGGCUGCGGCGCCCCAAACUGCCAGCAGGGGGCAGCAGCUGCAGAGAGCACAGUGCUUCAAAGCUCUCCUGAUGUACUCUUGUCAGACAAGCAGGUAAUGGAGACUAUACAGUGGCUCUCAAACUUUUUUUAUAAGCUUCGGUUAUCCACGUUAGACUUUAAAAGCUUUGGCUUGUUCUCAAAAUGGAGUCCUUAUGUGGCUGAUAUGAAGAUGUUCUUGGGCUAUCUUGUAAAAAGGCUGCUUGACUCAGAAAUGGCCUGCUUGGCCCAAGACCCAUCUGCCAGCAGCAAAACAGUACUGAGAUCCCUACAUUCAAUAAUCAUCCAGCUCUUUAAGCCAUGGAUCCUAGUUUUAGAGGACAGUGACAGCAGCCAACGAUACUACCCCUGGCUGGAGAGUGAUGCUGUGGUGGCCGCAAGCUUUGUGCAGUUGUUCACUGACUGUGUUGAUUCAUUACAUGAGAGGUUUAAAGAUAAGCUGUUGCCAGGUGAUGAUGGAGCCCUUCGGUUACACCUUAUGCAUUACUGUGAAACGUGUACAGCCCCCAGAAUGCCAGACUUCAUUCUGUAUGCUUUUCAUAGCGCCUACCGGAAGCUCCCGUGGAGGGACCUGCACCCUGACCAGAUGCUCAUGGAGGCCUUCUUUAAAGUGGAAAGAGGAAGCCCCAAGAGCUGCUUCCUAUUUCUGGGUUCUCUCCUUUGUGAAGUCAAUUGGGUCAGUGCACUCUCUGAUGCGUGGAGUCCCAGUCCCCACCCGGAGACCCGAAGCAUGAUCGUCUGCCUCCUUUUCAUGAUGAUUUUACUGGCAAAGGAAGAUCAACUUGUAGACCAAACAGAUUCAUCUCUACUUUGUCUCCUUGGACAGACAAGCUCACUGUCGUGGCAUCUUGUGGAUAUUGUGUCAUACCAGAGUGUGCUAGGUUAUUUCAGCAGCCACUACCAGCCAUCCAUCAUCCUGGCAAAGGAAUCUUCUGCUGAAUUAAUUGUGAAGCUCCUGAAAGUUUCUGCAGGCCUUUGUGUUCCUACUGAUGGCCAGAAGCAUCUUGAUGCAGUUCCAAAAUGCCAAGCCUUCAUUCAUCAGAUGGUUCAAUUCCUCAGCUCCCUGGAACAAAAUGGAAAAAUCACCUUAGCAGUCCUAGAACAGGAACUGUUUAAACUCUUGGAUGAUAUACUUGUCUUUAACCCGCCUGAUGUGGACAGCCAGACCCGCCACAUGGCCCUCAGCAGUCUCUUUAGGGAAGUCCUAAUGAUGAUGAACAAUGCAACUAUUCCAACGGCAGAGUUCCUGCGGGGCAGUAUCCGGGCCUGGAUUGGGCAGAAAGUGCACGGGCUGGUGGUGCUGCCCCUUUUAACAGCAGCCUGCCAGAGCCUAGCUUCUGUCCGACACAUGGCCGAGACUACAGAAGCCUGCAUCACUGCCUACUUCAAAGAAGGCUCCCUCAGCCAGAAUUCAGGAUGGGGCCCCAUUCUGGUGUCCCUUCAAGUUCCUGAGCUCACCAUAGAAGAGUUUCUGCAGGAGUGCCUGUCCCUGGGCAGUUACUUGACUCUUCAUGUCUACUUGCUUCAGUGUUUAAAUAGUGAACAGACUCUAAGGAACGAAAUGAAAGUGUUGCUCAUCUUGAGCAAGUGGUUGGAACAGGCGUAUCCAAGCUCUGUGCAGGAAGAGGCAAAGCUGUUUGUGUGGUGGCACCAGGCCUUGCAGCUGUCCCUGAUUCAGAUGGAGCAGAAUGACUCGGUCUUGACGGAGUCUGUCAUUCGAAUUCUGCUCAUGCUUCAGAGCAGGCAGAGCCUGCUGGCCGAGGAGAGACUCAGCUCUGGGAUUCUGGGAGCAAUUGGGUUGGGCCGGAAGUCGCCCUUAUCUAACAGGUUCCGAGUGGUUGCUCGAGGAAUGGCUGCCUUCCUUUCCAUUCAGGUUCCUACUGAGGAUCAGAUCCGUUUGAAGCCUGGCUCUGAAUUAUAUCUGACUCCAAAAGCUCAGCAGGCUCUGAAUGCUCUUGAAUCCUUGACAUCAAGUAAACAGUAUGUUGAGUACCAGGAUCAGAUAUUGCAAGCCACACAGUUUAUAAAGCAUCCUGGCCAUUGCCUGCAAGAUGGGAAAAGCUUCCUGGCUCUUCUUGUUAACCGUCUUUAUCCAGAAGUGCAUUAUUUAGACAACAUACGAUAGUAACACUAAGGCUCUUGAAAAACCCUGUUGCUGUUUAUGUUUACAUUUUAACUUUGCUUUUGCACAAGUAACUUUAUUCAGUUUCACUGCAGAGCUCAGUUUAGCCAAUGAAUUAGUUGACUGAGAUGCAGGUUGAGGAGCACUAGAUAAUUCUGUUGUUCAUGUGCACAUGUGUAUGUGUGUGUACAUGUGUGUUUUCUUAGCUCUUAAAACUUCUGGGGACAUACUAGUUUUAUGUUCAUCCAAUAGGAGAAACUUACUCUCAUUUGGUUACAGAGCCACUUAAAGCUGCUGAAUGUCUCACAAGACUCUGGAUGGGGUUCUUUUGUAUGUCUCCAAUUCUGUCUUCUGUUUUUUUAAAUUUCAAGACUCCUGUGUCAGAUCUAAAUACUUUGGGAAUCAUGUAGAACCCUCACUGUUAAACACCAUUUGUGUUCCUUCAAAGUAAAACACACUUUGAAAAUUGCGUUUCUCAAAUGUGAGGAAACAGACCAGCUUAAAAAUAUUGUCUGUCUUCUUUUAGAAGGGAGAUAAGAAUGCUGAAUUAAAGUGAUUCAUUGACUAAAAUGUGAUCACCUAAUCCUGAUGACAGUGGACAGCAGAGAUGGUGUGGUGACAAGUCCAUUUCCAUCCAUCCAGCUGUGUGUACUCAUGGAGAAGGAGCUAUCCGUCUAAAUUGGGUGGCACACUGGUGAUCUGUAUGGGUGCACGCUGGUGGUCUGUGAGCGCAUGCUGGUCGUCUGAGCGCACGCUGGUGGUCUGUGUGAGUGCACGCUCGUGGUCUGUGAGCACAUGCUGGUGGCCUUGAGCACAUGCUGGUGGUCUUGAGCGCACGCUGGUGGUCUGUGUGAGCAUACUGUGCACAGAUGGGUUUGUUGGCCCACAUGUGCAGUGUAGUCAGGGUUACUCUCCUGUUCACUGUGGACACACAUUUCCCCAUUAACAGCCCUUACUGAGCCCCUGUAGACUCCCACAUUUGCAGCUCUUGAGAAACACCAGGUUUAAUGUCCAAGGUCCUGCUGUUGAAUUAGGGAGAGAGAGGAAGGGAGGGCUUGAGGGAAAAAUUGCGAGACAGAGACCAAGAGCCUGAUUCUCUGUUUCCUGCUGGUUUUACUCCACACUUAAAUUCAAAUGAAGGUACAAACCUGCUGAAAUACUUGUCUGUGGAAACUGGGUCGGGUCAGGAGACUGAACGACAUUUGGCUUUUUUCAAUAGCCAUGUGCCUUCUGGUGCUGACAGCUCCUUCAUUACCAGAGCCUGUCUGACGUCGCCCUGCUCUCCUGCCGUCUUCUUGCUCCUGUCACUUCCCCACAGAGAGAGCAGUUUGACUUUCAUCAUCAUAGUCACAACUCUCUUGGCUCAAAAUUGAUUUUGUUUGUCCAGCUUGUGUAUUGCUUUUGUAUGGCUUUCCUAUAGCCCAAGGAUAUUUGCCUAAAAAUGUCUGAACAGUCACCAGAGAAUUUAUCAGGGAUGAGGAUUAUAUAGGUUACCACAGUGCUAAUCUCUUUUCGAAUAUCCUUUUGGAGUGCUUCCCCCCAUCUGGAAGUAUGUAGGAGCUGUUUUGAUUUUGAACUUCUUCGGUUGGAUGGAACAUUGCUGCCUGAUAGACAUGCUCUGAUAAAGGUCAUCGCUGUUCAGCCUCCAAGUUUUGUGGGCCACAGAGUGUCCAUCUCUAAAGGGACAUCUCAGAGCUGGCUUUGUUUUUGCUUCUCUUUUCAAAAUCAUUCAUCUUCCCCGUGCUGUGUAAAAGAAAAGUUUGGAAGCUGUGGAAAGUGUAAUGACUGGCUUGGCAAAAAGAUUUUAUGACAGGAAAUGGCUUGUGUGCUGUUUUGUUUGAGGAAGAUAAUUAUUGAUGUCCUAGAAUGUGAAGUUUUUGAGUGAUAGUAUGUACAUUUUAAAGAACAUUAUGACCUGUUCACUUUUAAAAGUUUAUAAUAUUUAUAAUGUACCUGGUCUGUACGAAUUAUAAAAAAUAAAAUCUUUAGUUGCAGUUGGUAAGAAUCCCAUUUUUAGGGCUAUCACACUAGUUUGUAAAGUCUUCCAGUUAAAACUGAUGAAGAUUUUUAUGCCUGAUGUCAUUGUAUUAUUUGACACUGUAACUUGAUUAUUAGAGAUGGUCAGUGAAACUGCUUCCUCUUUAAGUACUUUGUGAUUAACAAAAAGGUGCUUUGAAGACACUGAGAAUAGUUUAGAAGAUGGCAGCACUGCUGUAGCCCUCGGAAAUGAGUAGACCAGCCUGCUGGCUUUCAGGAAUGACAAGCCUUUGCUGGCAGAAACAGUUGAUCUCCGGAGAGCACAGGGCCAGUUCCAGAAACAGCUCCUUGUGCUGCGUGUAGGUCUCUGGAUCAAGCAAGACCCAGGCCUUGUCUGUGCAGAGCAGUGUUGAAAGCGAACUAGUGCAGGCCCUCUGCACAGGGCUGCCAGUGGCACCUGGUUGACAGAGGGAUGGCUAGCAGCGUCCUGGUCUCUAUGAAGAGCACCUUUUCUCUACUCAUCUCCCACAGCAUGCAAGGACCGAUCAAGAGGCACACGAGAUCCUCCUGCUUUCCGGCUCUUCCGCCUAACCCUUCAGGUGAGCACGGCGGAAAGCUGGGAGUCACGGUGCUGAGGGAGGUUGGUCGUGCACAUGUGUCUGCUCACCCUGACAGAGGAGCCAGGACCUCGCCCUGCACGAGCUCCAGGGCAUGCCCAGGGCCUGAGCCCCCAGGCACAACCAUCUCAUGGUUUCAUGUCUGCUUCCCUGAUGGCCUGAGUCUCUCAGUUCUUUGAGGUGGGGAAGCCUAGUCCAGAAAAUGAAAACCCCCAGAGCAGCUUAACCUCACUUUAACCAAGUGCCAAUGCCACUGAUAAUUUUGAUCAAGCAGCAAAAUCAGUCCACGUUGUACCAGUCAACGGCUGGCAAGUGUUCAUGCCUCUUCUUUUUGAAUGAAGGUGAUGCAGUUUUCUAUUGAAUUUUUAAUCCUAAAAUUAGUGAUUUUUCUCUGGAGCAUGAAACAAAUGUAGGUCGCUGCUUUAAGGUCAGCAGGGACAUUAAAGCUCAUGGAGUCCCAUCUCUCACCGGCAGGGAUCCCCAGCCCUGCUCCCCUGCCUCUCCUCUGCCUUCUGCCCAUGGCCAGUACCCUUCGCCAGAACCGCUGGGGGGCUCUGCUUGUAGUUCCGCUUUAUACUGAGCCAAAACUGGCCUCUUGGUAACACUUGUCACAGUUCUGCUGGGGCAGCCCAGGCUGGUGCUGUUCACCUGUCCCUUGCGACAGACUUUUGGACAUUGUCACACUUGGUCACAUCUCUGCCCUCCCCCAGUCCACUACAAGCUAACUGCCCAGUGCUUUUUUAACUGGUCCUCUUCCCCAAUGAUAUCUGCCAGGGCUGCCCUUGAGGAAAAGUGCCCCAACAAGCCCGUGUUAUUCUAAAAAGGCUGUGGCCAGAUUUAGCAGGGCCAGGACUCAGCAAGGGCACAACCUUCAGGUGGCCCUCACCUGCAGACACCAAGAAUGUGCUGCCUCACGUCAUGUCCCCUGGUCUGGUCCCUGCCCUGGGGCUUGGUCACACAAGGCUGGGCCAAACAGCUAAGUUCACUUACCCUGGGCACUUGGGCAGUACCAGCUCUCAGCAGCUGUGCCCUAUGGCUGGCAUGUUCAAUUAGUGACAAGUUCAAACUCCACACUUUGGCGACUUAACAUCAGUUGCUGCCAAAGGCUGUUUGCAUCACCUGUCAGCAUGAGAGGUCUACGGAGGGUGCUUUGCACUUUCCAAAACUGCUCUUCAUUUUGGACCAACCUUACAGCUUUGAGGUGGUAGCUGAAUUUUUUUCUGUUCAGCUAACUUGUCUUAUUAAGCAAAAUAGAGUAUAAUGUUGGGAAAAUGUUGCUUAUAAAAAAAGAAUCCUUUGCUGUGAUCUUCUGUUUGCCUCUGAGUCAUGCUGGAUAAAAUUCUUGGCUGGCAGCCAGGUGCUAUUACUGCCCUUGUUCUGGUCCCUGAUGAUCCUCACACUUAAUAGAGGCAUCGUGUGUCCUGGGAAGAUACUGUUGAAGUUUCCUUCAAUCUGGACAUUGCUGCCAUACUCUGAUGACAAUUACUUGAAAAAAAUAAACUACUGACCUUAUUUUGGGAUAAUAAAAUCACUAAGAAA